GAAAUGACGUCGACUGAUUGGCGCGCUUGGUUUUGUUGUUAUGCUGCUGACUUCCGGUCUCGUCUAACGAGGAGCUAGCUCCACAAAUGUCCCUCUAAACCUCUUUUAUAUUAAAGACACUUACAUUUAGUGAAUGUCCAGGCAUUUCUAAAACCGGAAACAGAGGCACUGACGGGCAGACAUGUCGCUGUAUGAUGACCUCGGUGUGGGUGCCAGUGACACCAAAACCGAAGGUUGGUCCAAGAACUUCAAGCUGCUGCAGUCCCAGCUGAAGGUGAAGAAGGCGGCUCUGACCCAGGCCAAGACCCAGCGAAUGAAGCAGACCACUGUCUUGGCUCCGGUUAUUGAUCUAAAGAGAGGAGGCUCCAGUGAUGAGAGACAAAUCAUAGACACUCCUCCACAUGCUGCCGCUGGACUGAAGGACCCUGUGCCCAGUGGUUUCUCCUCUGGCGAUGUGCUAAUCCCGUUGGCAGACGAGUACGAUCCGAUGUUCCCCAACGACUACGAGAAGGUGGUGAAGCGACACCGAGAAGAACGACAGCGACAGAGGGAGCAGGAGAGGCAGAAGGAGAUCGAGGAGAGAGAAAAGAAGAGGAAAGACCGGCACGAUGGUGGAGCUCCAAGCGGUUUCUCUCGUUUCCCUGCAGCAGAGGGCGAGUCGGACGAGGAGGAGGACUUCGAGGCGGAGCGGAGGAAACGAAGUAUGGGUGGAGCAGCUAUCGCCCCUCCUUCUUCACUUGUGGACAAGGAUGGCUCAUCAUACACCUACGAAGAUGAAGGUCGUCCUUCCAGAGGCUCAAAGGCCGCCAUCCCUCCACCGAUGUAUGAGGACUCAGAUCGACCACGGUCACCGCCCGGACCGACCAGCUCCUUCCUGGCCAACAUGGGAGGUACGGUGGCCCAUAAGAUCAUGCAGAAGUACGGCUUCAAAGAAGGCCAGGGCCUGGGGAAGCACGAGCAGGGCCUCAGCACGGCGCUGUCUGUGGAGAAGACCAGCAAGAGAGGUGGGAAGAUCAUCAUCGGCGACGCUGCAGAAAAACCAGGGUCCAGCCAGGCAGGUGCUCCUGAGACUUCAAGCGGAGGCUUUUCAGCGGACUCUUGCAAGAAGUCGGAUGCCAACCCGCUCACAGAGAUCCUCAAAAACCCGACCAAAGUGGUCCUGCUGAGAAACAUGGUGGGUCGAGGAGAGGUGGACGAAGACCUGGAGGGGGAGACGAAAGAAGAGUGCGAGAAAUACGGCAAAGUGGUUAAAUGUGUCAUUUUUGAGAUUGCAGUGGUGACAGAUGAUGAAGCGGUCAGGAUAUUUCUGGAGUUUGAGAGGGUGGAGUCAGCCAUCAAAGCUGUGGUGGAUCUGAACGGACGUUAUUUCGGCGGGCGAGUCGUCAAGGCCUGCUUCUACAAUCUAGACAAGUUUCGGGUUCUGGACCUCGGCGAGCAGGUCUGAUGUCUCCCCGGGCGCCGACGGACACUACGAGCAGUGCACACAUCAUUUCCUCACUUGUACAUAAACCUUGUUUUUUAUAUUUCCUGAACAUCCGUGAAGUGUCUGUAUGUAGCGGUGAGUCCAUCAUGUUGAUUUUGUUUUUCCUGUCAUGAAAAAUACCUUUAUGUCAAGACAAAAUAAACGGUAUAAACCAGUCUAGU